AGGACCUGCUCGACGAUCGCUUCAACGGCGGAAGCAGCGAACUUGGUCUACUUGGAGAAUGUCACCCUUCCGUACACAGCCGAUCAGGAGCAAUGGAAAGCAGAGGUGUCCUCGGCGGUGCAGACGCUCAUCACCCCGCGCCCGGAUGUGAUCGUUUGUUGCGAAGCGGCUGACAAAUGUAUCCAAGACAUCCUUCAGGACAUCCGUGCCCACGUCUACGAUGUCCGCGCCUUCAUCGUCUUGGAGGAUGACACGAUCAGCACGGCCCUGAACUAUGCAGCGCUUCAACGCAUGGACUUCAACCAGAUUCUCAUGGACGUGCGCGAGGAGCUGGGGCUGGCAGGAAUCUCACAGUCCCCGGAGGUCAUGGCCCUCUGGACGUGCCCCACCUACCGGGCGAUACAGAAUGAAGCCCACCAGUAUUCCAGAGAGCUCUUUGAGCUGAUGAAGGAAGUCCUCGUGGUAUCUGACUGGGAUCGGAGUUCGCCGAAAGCCGGAGCUUUCAUGUACCUCUCCUUCUACCUCUUCCGCACCCAUGCGAUGCCGGAAUCGGCUGCUGCCUGGACAUCGGCCAUGUGUCUGCUGGAGGCAGGGUUUAGGGUUUAG